CUCGCGCAGUUCUAUUACAGCCUUAAAAAAAAAAAUUAGCAGACGUGAAGCUUCUGAUUUUACUCACUGUGGGCAAGCCUGGCUUAGCUUAUUAUCUGCUAUUUUAUUUCGCAUUUCAAAUAGGAAGUCACUCCUGACAAAGAAAAUGGGUUGCCUUUUCUCAAAGAAAUCAAAAAGAAAACCCGAGAAAGAGCAAGAGGCGGCGGCCACUGCAAACGAAGAGGUACCAAAACAAUACAGCUGGGACAAACGAGAGAAGGUUGAUCCAAAAGACUACAUGCUGACCGGCCUCAAGGAUGAAACUGUAGGUCGUUUGCCUGGCACGCUCAAUGGACAACAGUUUGCAAUUCAAGACUGUGAGAACUGUAACAUUUACAUAUUUGAUCACUCGGCCACCAUCACCAUUGACGACUGCACCAGCUGCAGGUUAUUCCUGGGGCCUGUCAAGGGCAGUGUGUUUUUCCGAGACUGCAAGGACUGCAAGUGCGUGGUGGCGUGCCAGCAGUUCCGCACCAGGGACUGCAAGAAGAUGGAGGUGUUCCUCAGCUGCGCCACCCAGCCCAUCAUCGAGUCCUCCAGCGGCAUGAGGUUCGGCUGCUUCCAGUACUACUACCCUGAGCUCGCCUUCCAGUUCAAAGAUGCCAACUUGAGCAUUUUCAACAACAACUGGAGCAACAUUCAUGACUUUACACCCGUGUCCGGGGAAACAAACUGGAGCCUGCUGCCCGAGGACACCGCGGUGCAGGACUGCGUCCCCCUGCCUGACACGGACGGGUUCAAAUCGGUGAGGGUCUCCACAGAGGCCAGCAGGAGCAUCGUCCCAAUAACCAGCGGCCAGCGGAGGAAGAACAGCGAUGAGUCCUGCCUCUUUGUGUUCUUUGCUGGUGAUUAUACCACAGCUAAUGCAAGGAAACUGACCGAUGAGAUGGUUGGAAAAGGCUUUAUUCUUGUGCAAACUAAAGAGGUUUCAAUGCGACCAGAAGAUGCCAACAGAGUAUUUCAGCAGAAUGCAGAAGGCUUCACCUCUUUGAUUGAAAAAGGUCCCGUUGUAGCUUUGGAGUUUAACGGAGAGGGGGCAGUGGAGGCAUGCCGCAGUGUGGCAAGCGAUGUCUUCAGCAGCGCCAAGGUCUAUGUGUCUGAAAACAAGGCUUCAGCUUGCAGAGAUGUGGACAAUUUCUUCAACUUUGCAGAUAUGCAGAUGGGAAUUUAAGAUCACAUGAAAAAUAAAAUGGUUACAUCAUCUCUCAAAUUCGUUUCUUUUAAACUUAUGAAAUUUAGUUUUCUAAGUCUUUUCUAACACUAGCAGUAUUGUGUGUUUUACUUGUAUUAUUAUUUGGAGCUUAACACUUUUUUUGUUGUUUUCUAAAGAAAUUUGAUUGUGAUAAAUAAAAAUAACCAAAGCAUUGCAUAAUGUGUAGCAAGGCGUUGGUCGUCUGUGUUUAACUGCACUAUUUAUUUGAUAGCUGGGUUGCCAAGGGUUAUCUCUGCGUAAAGAAUGUCAUUUCUGUGCAUGGAUUGUGUUUUGUAUUUCAUUCCGUUGUACAGUUCUUUUGACAUGUCCCUAUAUGUCUUGCAUUAUUAAUGUACGUUUCUUUUAAUAGAUGGGACAAAAAACAUGUAUUUCUUCUUUCUUAUGAACAAACUGUUCCUCGUCUUUUUUUUUUUUAAAACAAUUAAAAUGUCUAUUUUUCACAAAUUUAUUAUUUUAAAAAAAAAAUCAAUAAAUCCAAAUUUUGUAGUAGCUUUUGUAGUAUUAUAUUAUAAUGUAAUAUUCAAUCAUUAGUGAAUGGAAAUGUAAAGGCAGUGUCCUUGUAAGAAACAUUUUGACUUAUUUCUACUGGGAUCCAUUUCCAUUUGUCUUCAUUCCAUAAAAUGGCUUGUUUUGUUGACUACAACAGAGUUUGUAUAGUGAAUGUAAGUAAAUAACAAUAAUGUAUAUUGUUAGCUCUGAAUCCGUUUUGAUGUGGAAAGUUUGAACCUGUGAAUUACUAAGGGUAGUUAAAGAGCAACACGUGCCCUGUGGAAUAUCAUGGUUAUCUGUCAGUUCUGUUUAUUUGGGGUUUUUUUGCUCAGAUUCACAGUGUUUGUCAUUUUCUUUUUCAGUCAUUUACAUCCUGGUGACUUUUUAAAACUCAGCAGUUUUAAAUAAAGCAGUUGCCUAAAAGGGCUCUGAACAUGC